AUGGUCCGCCGUGACCGCCUGCGCAGGAUGAGGGAGUGGUGGGUCCAGGUGGGGCUGCUGGCGGUGCCCCUGCUGGCCGCCUACCUGCACAUCCCACCCCCUCAGCUUUCUCCUGCUCUUCACUCUUGGAAGUCAUCAGACUCGGUGGGUGUGGUCGGGAGCCCGGAGAUCGUGGUGCUGUUACACGGCUUCCCGACGUCCAGCUACGACUGGUACAAGAUCUGGGAAGGUCUGACCCUGAGAUUCCAUCGCGUAAUUGCACUUGAUUUCUUGGGCUUUGGCUUCAGCGACAAACCGAGGCCGCACCACUACUCCAUCUUCGAGCAAGCCAGCAUCGUGGAGGCGCUCCUGCGGCAUCUGGGGCUGCAGAAUCGCAGGGUCAACUUGCUGUCUCACGACUAUGGUGACAUCGUGGCCCAGGAGCUGCUGUACAGGUACAAGCAGAAUCGAUCUGGGCGGCUGACCAUCAAGAGUCUCUGUCUGUCAAAUGGAGGUAUCUUUCCCGAGACUCACCGCCCGCUCCUGCUCCAGAAGCUCCUCAAAGACGGAGGCGUGCUGUCGCCCAUCCUCACACGCCUGAUGAACUUCUUCGUGUUCUCUCGAGGUCUGACGCCCGUGUUUGGGCCCUACACCCGGCCCUCUGAGAGUGAACUGUGGGACAUGUGGGCAGGGAUACGCAACAAUGAUGGGAACUUGGUCAUUGACAGCCUCUUGCAGUACAUUAAUCAGAGGAAGAAGUUUAGAAGACGCUGGGUGGGAGCCCUGGCUUCCGUAACAAUUCCUAUUCAUUUCAUCUACGGCCCAAUGGAUCCCAUAAAUCCCUCCCCGGAGUUUUUGGAGCUGUACAGGAAAACGCUGCCGCGGUCCACAGUGUCGAUUCUGGAUGACCACAUUAGCCACUACCCACAGCUAGAGGAUCCCAUGGGCUUCUUGAAUGCAUAUAUGGGCUUCAUCAACUCCUUCUGAGGUGGAAAGUGUAGCUUCCCUGUUGCCUCCCCUACUCCCUAUCUGUUGUGUAUGCCCAAGGAGGCCCUGGCCACUAAAUGCCACUCUGAUAAAGUCCACUUCCCUCACAUU